ACUGAUAACACAUGUUUCUCAUGCGUCAUAAAGCUUACGUGAAGAGUGAAUUUACCAGUUGUUCAAUAACACUCCCAAAGACUAGAUGGUGAACAUGGAAAGCUUUAGCUGCGCGUUGUUGUUUUUCUCCAUUGUUAUUACACUUCAGUUACAAAAAGCUGCAACAAGUUGUCCACCCCCAGAAAACAUUCUUCCUUGCAGAUGUUCUACUUAUGGACCAGUUCUAACAUGCAAAGGCUUUAAUCGUGUAAAGGAAAUCCCAUUCUCUUCCUUCAAAGGCCGCACCUACAAUCGGCUAAUCCUCGAAGAUGGCAGGAUGAGCAAAUUUCCAACAGAUGUCUUCCAAGGAUUGUCGAUCCGCCAUAUUGAAUUGAAAAAUCUACAAAUAACGUCCUUGACAUUGAUGGAAGAUUUCCAAGGUUUAGCUAAGUCGCUGCAAACACUAACAUUGGAAGAAACAAACGUAGGAACUAUUAAGGCAUCAAACAAAAUUUCCCAUAACGACGAAUUCCGUUAUUUUUACACCCUACGCAUGGAAGGGAGUACUUGUUUACUUAAUGAAAGUCUAAAUUAUAUCGGAAUAUCAAACCUAAAACAAUUUAUUUGUACAGGCAAUCCAGAAGGACAAAAUUCAGUCUUUAUCUCUGACUUCUUGUUAGCAACAUUUUCAAACCUCGAGGAAGUUAAUCUAGGUGGUACUAAAGUGAGAAACGUGAAAAGAGACACUUUUCCAGUAACGGCACAGAAGCUGAAAAUAAUCAAUUUAAGGGAUAAUAAUCUAUCAGAACUGGAUAAAUUGAUCUUCACAAACAUGCCAGCACUUCGUGAACUCUAUCUCCAAGGAAACAUGUUUAAAUCGUUAGACAGACACACAUUCAAGCCAGUGUGGAAUCAAUUAACUCAUAUUUAUCUUAAUGAUAACCCAGUCAAAUGCAACUGUGAUAUUGGCUGGCUGAUCGUAACCAAAAAACCUACAAACCUGAUUUAUCCUACCUGUGCCUUUCCACCACAAUUUGUAGGAGUGUCACUGAAAGAUGUCGAAAUUGAUGAUGUUUGCAGCUGGUGGUGGACUGUGUUUGUUUAACUAUGCAGCUUUUUCAUAAACCAAAUAAAUGUGUACAGCGAACUUACGUUCUUAAAUAAAGUUCAUUAGCAGCUGCUGAA